UCGUAUAUCAUAUAAUUUUAUUUAUUUCAUUUAUAAUACAUUUAGAUUUCAAAUUUUUAAACGAAAGAUUAUUAACGUGACUUUUCUUAUCAGAGAUAUAUUAUUUAUGAUAUUCGUAUAUCAUACGUUUUUUUUUAUAUUUAAAUUUUAAUACUAUUUUAGUAUUCACUUCUUCUAUUGACUUUUAGCACGUAACUUAGUUUAACCAAUAAGUUUGAAAUAAUUUAAAAUCCAUUAUAUGAUUUUUAAAACAAGCAAGAUAUCGAAAUCAUUAUUAAAACUAUAUCUUUAUUUUCCAUGUCAUUCUCUAUUAUUCUCUUCAUCGGAAAGAAGCGAGAGAACAAAAACCACUUUUUCAAAUUGGACCUGACCUAUAUUCUAUUUUUAUUCCAUUCUCUCCACUUUUUCGAUCAUAAUUUCACAACAUUCACAAUUCCCUAAAGCUAAUAAAACAUAGGUAUACACCUUUCUUUGCAAUAAAAUUUAUAUUUCGAUAUCUCGUCCUCGAUGUCUCAAUUUUUGUCAUCGAACCAGACUCGAUAUCGAUAAUCUCGUUCGUAUCUUAAAACCCACUAAACACGUGUAUCUCAGAAAAAAAAAGAAGAAGAAAAAGAAGAAACAAGAAAACACGUUGGAACGAGAACCUUAUUAAAAAAUCUGUAAACAUAUUUCACAUCAUCACAUCAUUCCUAUCACCAUAUCGAUGACUCUAUCCAUACGACGAAACCCUUACAAAAGAAAUCGUACGCGUCUCUUUACUAAAUAUUAUAUAUCACGCACAGUUUAACAAAGAAACAAUGGUAAUUUUUAAUCGACGACUCGAGGAAUCGAAGGGAGGAAGAUUGGCUCGAUAUCCCUCGAAAACAAACUCUCACCUCGAACGGUGGCGUCAGCAACCCCGACGCUCGGCCACGCGCAUGCACCACCCCGGUGAGUGCGAGGGGGCUACGAGGGGAGCAGCAGAGAGGGAGAGAGAGAUCGAACGCCGACACCGUUUCUCCCAGUCUCCUCCCGUUGUUCGCGAGUGCAUCGAAACCAUCUUUCAUCACUGUGUUUCAGCCCGCUGUGCGUUUCCCACACCCGGUGGAUGUAAAAAAGAAGAGGAACUGGAAACGUCACGUUGGAUAUCAAGAGCACACCCUAUCCACCGAUCGAACGAGGGAAAUUAGGAGAAAAAUCGACAUCUCUCCUUGCGUGGAUCUUUCCGGUGGAAUCUGGUCCGGUUCCGUGGAAUGAGAGGACAGCGACACGAUCGCCGAGGGGAUCGUGAAAGCUGAGAAUUUUUGCUCGUCGGGCGGAGAAAUAAAGGCGGAGGGAUCGAAGGCCGUGGUUGACGGUGAGACAUCGAACGAGGAUCCGAUAUGCGGCUCAGGGAGGCUGUCGUCUCGAUACCGCUCCAUCCUGGGGGAUUGAACAACAAUCAGUUACGUAGGAGCGAGCAGAGCCAGCCGAUCACCGAGGAGAUCGCGAAUCGGAACGAGACCUCGGCCACCGACUCGACGAGUCGGAUCAACGCCGAUUUCGUGGCGGAGGUCGGCCAGGAUUUCCGCGUCGCCGAGGACACCAGCACGUGGUCCUCGAUCGCCAUCACCCGCGAGAAUGUCCAGAUCGAUACCUCGGCCAACGACGCCAACUUGAACAACAAUCUGACGAUCCCCCGGAUACGAAGGAACAGCUCUGUGGAGAGUUUGGCCGAUUACGAAGGGCGCAAUUCCUCUCACGAAGAUUCGUCCCACGAGUUGACACCGUCCGAGUGGUCCGACUGGUCCGAGGAGGGAAAUCUGCCCGCGGGUUGUCGCGGUAUCGUCAACCCCAAUUAUCCUGGCUUUCAACACUUGGCGCCUUCUCUUCUGUCGGACACAGAUCUGACCGAGGACGAGCACGAGAGCUGCGAUUACACCAGGCUGAACGACAUCGACGCCAGACCGGCAGAGAACGACAACGAGUACAACAACAACGUCGAGGAUAGCAUCAAUCACUUGUGCGGGCAGAGGAACGAGAGGAAGAUAUUUUACGAGAAACCUAAAUUCAAUAUACAGACCGUAACGUCUUUAUACGAGUCGGUGGUGCCGCCAUCGGAGAAAUGCAUAAACUACGUGAAAAGCGUUGAGGAUUCGAGAACGGAGGAAAAGAUCGUGACGCCGAAAUCGGACAUCGUGAACGACGUGGUCGAGGCGGAGACGCAUCUCACCGUUCUAGAGCCGGAAGAGGGCCUCGCCGACACGGUCGCGGAGAACGCUGCGGAAUUGUCGGAGGCUGUGCUGGAAGAGAAACAGGAACGAGAGAUCCCGGUCGAGGUCGAGAUCGUGGAAUUGACUACCAGCGUGAAAGAGACCCUCCAGUUUCCGGAAAUCGAGGAGAUACCGGACUCUGGGAAGACGAGCGAGGUCGGUGAGACGGAGGAUAUCGUGGUGGAGCACAUCGACCUGAUACGCGAGGCAAAGGAGUUGCCUCACCAGACCCGUUCCAAAAUAGGCAACCGUCAGACGGUCACGUCGACCGGCUCAGCCGACGACGACUCGGAGAGCAACACCGACACCGACAGUUACCCGGAGGAGCAGCCCACCUACACCAAGCUCGAGGAGAUCGAUCUCCUCUCGAGCAUCGGCCGUGAUAUCGGGCUCGAUCUCGAGAAGUACGUGCAACCGGUGCCGGACGUGGUCGCGAUGGAAGCUGUGGACCCGCUCCACGCCUCCUCCAGGUCCUCCUCUUCCUCCUCCUCUAUGAUGAAGGACACCAUCGAGGACACGAACAAGCUGAUGGAUCGCGAUCUUCCCGAGGCCUCGAGCGCCGACACCAGGAAGAAGGAGAAGAUGGCCAGGAAUCAGGCGAAACGCAGACAGCAACAGCAACAGCAACAGUUGCAGCAGUUGAGGGCGGCGAACGCUCAGAGGCGGCCCGACAAGAGGAGAGCCGACGCCGACAAUGGACCAGGCGGCUUCGAUGUCUACAAUAUCGAAACAGCGAUGCCGAAAAUCGAUCUGGACGCGAUCGAAUCUCAUUUAAGAGCUGCACGCGAAGAGGAACGACGGCGACGAAACGAUCGUGAAGAGAUACGAAGGAGGUUGGCCAUGGGUCCAGACGCCGAAGACUUGCGCGCUGAACGCGGAAGAAAGCCGAGCCUUCAGUCGCGGCUUCAGAGCGGAAUGAACCUUCAAAUCUGUUUCAUGAACGAAACACCCUCGGACACGGAAUCUCCGUGUUCGGAGACCGACUCGUCCCCAGGAUCCACACCGACCUCGCUCAACACGAAGCAACCGCAGAAACAGCAAAUGCCGAUCAGACCUCAGGUGCUCAGCCUUCCACCUUUGAGGCUGGACACCGGCUCGAAUUCAGCUCCGAUCGACGAGGCCGAUUUCUUCGCCAGACAGGCGAGAUUGCAAACCGAGGCACGAAUGGCCUUGGCUCAGGCCAAAGAAAUGGCCCACAUGCAGAUGGAAGUGGAGAGGCAAAGGCUGAAACAGAGCCCCAUCACCGAGAUGGUGCGAUCCAGCCUCGAAAAAGUUGGCGUUCAGCUCGGCGAGGAUAGGCGCAGAUUGUCACGAGUACUUUUAACGGAGCUAAACGUCGCCCAGCUUCAAGUGGUGGCGAACGACUUGCACGCGAGAAUCGCAGCUCUGAACGAGGCGCUCGUCGAGGGACUUUUGAGAAGGGACGAUUUGCACAUGGAACAAGAUUCGAUGCUCGUCGACGUCGAAGAUCUCACCAGAUAUCUCUUCUGCUGCGUUCACAUGCACAGAGGUGCCAAGCAGGAGUCGUUGAAGAAGAAGCAGAACGCGAGGGAGCAGCAGUGCACAGGGAGCAGAAGCCAUCAGCAGGCCAACCCGGGCCAGAACAAAUCGUCGAUCAAGCCAAAGCUGACGCACCGUGGCCUGGUCUCGUUGGUGAGGAAAUAAUGCCUCGCCACGAGACUGCGUGGUCUCGUCGGAAAUUAAGCGGGAAGGUAGCGAACAGCACCGAGAGGACGCGAGCAAGUAUAUACAAUUAAGAUCUGCUCGAUUCGAUCUGCCGAUCUCUCGCCCCGUGCUCGAGCAAUUCAGAUCCGUUCCGUCGAAUUCGAGUUGAGAACAACUCGGCUCCGCUAUUCCGGGACAGCCCCCUCCCCUCCCUCCUCCUCCCUCUCGAGAGGAAGGGAACGAGAAACGAGAUUUAUUCGGACGAAAGGAGAUCGUAUUCCAAAGGAAAUGCAAAUAUCUCGCAAAUCUUUCGAGGCAACGGUAAGAGAAAAUCGAGUAAUCUUCGUCUUGUUUUCGCGUGGGAAAAAAAAAAGGAAAAAACAAAAAAUGGAGCAAUAUUCCGCCUCUACCACGGAGCAGAUACAAUCGUUUUUCUCUCCCCACUUUUAGACGGGGGUUCAAAAGUAUACAUACAUAACAUACACGCAGCGAAGAAUCCUCUUUCUUCUUGUUCGACAAGGAAGAAGGGGAUCUUUUUCCAAAGUUUUUACAGCUUCGUCGUUAUCAAGAUGGAAAGUAGAGUAAUAAUAACGUAAGUACGCGUGCUCACGUUCAUGUGUAUUAGGACACGUGUGUUGCUUGCGGAGGAUGAGACAAAUCGAUGGGAUUAUUAUUAUGGGGGAAUUAUCGAAAGGUUUUGAGAUUGUCAUCACCUGUUCAGAAAAUUGGAUAUUAUAAAAGAUUCGUAUAUGUUCUGAAAUUUCUUCUUAUCUAUAUACAUAUACAUAUAGUUUCGCCUUUUUUACGAGCUGUCUUGUAAAUAAUUUUUACUAACUUGUAUCUAUUUAAGAUCAUUGUCUUGCAUGAAUGUGAAAUUCUAAGAUCUGUACGAGAGUAAGACUUGGUGUCUUAAUACUUAUGAACGAGGGUAUACGUGUAUAUAAUAUUGAGCUGUUCAAGAAGUUCGUGGUACAAUUCUUCUUUUUUUCUUCUUCUAAUUCCAGACAAUUGACAAUUCUAGGAUAUUUACUUUUUAAUAAAAGUUUAAUUAUUCGCCUAAAUUCAAUCGCUCCACGAGCUCGUGGACAAAUUUUAUUCUCUUCUUAGUCAAAUACACGGCACAACUUUUUUAGCAUAAAUUGUUAAAAACACUCUUACGAACAUUCUUGAACAAAUCGAUACAUAGCCGAACAAAGUAGCAACAAGCAACAAGUACCCUUAUUCGCCCUCCGAUAUUAGAUCCGAUGGGGACGAGUGAUGCGACAUCAUUACAAUUUCGUAAACGUUAUGCAAUUCAGUAACUUUCCAAUAGAUUAUCGAUCUGUGAAUCGUAAAACAUCCUUCGAUAAAUCAUUAAUCCUGAUCGUAUCUAUACGGAAAACAUUAACGGUUUCCAAUAUACCAAUGUUGAUAAUUAUUUUCUUAAUUAUAAUAAGUAAAAUAAAAAAAAAAUGAAAAAUAACGAGAAAGAGAUUCUCUAACGACUCGGAGGAUGAGAAAAUCUUUUCACUGAUUUUCGACAAAUCGACAAUUAGACUAUCGACACCUGUUUAAAAUUAAGCAACCAUUGCUCGCCAUCGUCGGAUCGUGAUAAUACCGAUCGAGACGAGACGCGAUCGGUUCGUCUUGUUGUCUGUGUAGCCGAUAACCCCUUCCCCCCUCCCCUUCCGCUCUGGUUAAAUCUUGCGGCCAUGCAUGCAUGUGUUCCCCGAGUGUAUCGCCUUUAUAUGAUAGCAUUGUAAACGGUAGGCAGAUCUCUUCUCUGUGUUGUAAAUAAGCGAAGCGGAUCAGCAGCGGAAAUUCGGAUUCGCGAGUCUUGAAACUGCACGCGUUCUUCCGUCGCCACGCAUACAAGAAAAAUGGUUCUUUGUUCUCCACAGUCGAUGAUGUCUCUCUCUUUCUCUCUGAUUCGACCUCUUCCAAUCCUGAAAACAAAUCGAUCGCUCUAAUAAUUCUUUAUAACCAGGAUAUUUUCGACGAUUGACGAAAGGAGAUCGUUAACGAUGAUCCUCUCUCCGAUCUCUGAAUUUCAUGAAAACACGAUACGAUUGAAAGAAAAAUCAUCAUUGAAAUAUAUAUUUAUAUAUGUAUAUAUAUAUAUAUUGUUAAAUGAAAGAGAUAUUGGAAAGAGAUUUGAAUCACAUGGAAAAAACGAUGUAUAUACAUAUGAUAUAAAAAUUUUGAAGAUGAAAACAUAUGAAUAUAGAUAGAAUGUUAUAAAGGAUUGACGAGUAAUCGAUUCGUACCUGAUGGAACGACGUCGAUGCGUGUGAUUUUUUUGAAGUUGAUUGAAUAUUCUUGCCGAUAUGUACAAUCGAUUCACCGAAAUCCUGCUGAAAAAAAGAAAUCUCCUCCCUUUCAUGCUUGAAUGGAUUUCGUCCCGUUUCGAUCCGCGCAUCGAUACAAAAAUAGAAUGAAAAAUCGAUGGAAGGAAGGAAGAGAAAAUUGAUAAAAGUUCAAAAAUCAAAAAAUUCUUUUGGAGAUCGUGGCACGUUUCGGUGAGCUGUUGUUGUAUCGAAGAGGAAGAUCAUUCUUCCUUUUGAACUGUGCCGGUUGCCACAGAAUGAAACAGAGAAAAACACAAUUGUAAAGUCCAAUUUUAUUUGUACCCAUAUAAUCGAUCCAUGAUCUCUUUUUUAUUUCUUUUAGAAAAGAGAAAUGUUAAUGAAACGUGUAAUAUCGCAAACUUAUUUCGUAAGUAUAAAAAAAAAAAACAUUCAAAAACGAGCAAUCUUAGACGAGCGUUUUUCAUCGUCGAAGGCAUAUGUAUGUGCAAUACUUACGUACUCUCACAAAGUUGAGAAAAAGGUCAACGAUGCAAUAUACAGUAGAGAAAGCGAAAGACAAUUACGAAUGCCGCAAACGAGAUUUUUCUUUCGAAUCUCAGAUAUAUAUGUUAUCAUCGUUACAAAAUGCUUAAUCCUCGAUCAAUAGGAUCGUAGAUGAUCUACAAAAAUAUAAGUUAUGUUAAUUUUAAAAGGUACUCAGUACACUUGAUUGAUAUCGUGUGUUUUAUACGAUAAAGUUGUUUCCCGUGACGACAUUUAUCAAUAUAUUUAUAGAAAAUAUAUUUAUAGAAUUAAAUAUCCUACGAAUUAUUUUAGAUAUGUAUAACUCAGUUGAGGAUUAAGAAUACGCGUACGAAAUUUUCCCACAUUUUCCCUAUUCCCUAUUCCUCUCAAAACAUUCAUAAUGUCAUCUUCCUUCGUUUCAAUUGCAAUUCAACUACAUUGAAAUAAAUUUUUAAUCGAAAAACAUGCACAAAUAGAGAUUGAUAGAAGAUGUUCGAUGUUACAUACAUACAUUGAUACAUUGUUGUUUUCUUUUUUCCUUUUAGUUAAAUUUCGAUAUAAAAAAAAAAAUAUUAUACGUAUACUCUUUUAUCGCCAAUAUAGGAUGAUAACGAUGAAAAUACUCUAUUUAUAUUUUGGUAAUAAUCAAUCGAAAGCAUAUUUGUAAUUGUGUAAUUGUGACUUUAUUCGUCUUCGAAUUAUUCAAGAUCAUUCGAUUUUUAGAUAUUCAAUUGCACGUGAGAAAUGACAAAGAUGAAACAGUUCUUGUUCCGCCCUUAUGUAAAUUUAUUAAUAUAAAGUCGCACACGACGAAAGAGAACGAAGAACGCGUUACAUAUCUCUUAAGGAUUAAAAAAAAAAAGGAAAAAAAGAAAGGAAAAAAAAAAAAGAAAAAAGAAAACGAACAAGACAAAAGAAAACGAUUUAGUCCAUGAACUAGCCAUAAAGUAUAAUCGAAUAGAAACGAAGGACUGAGUAUACAGAGUUUGAGAUUUAAAAAAAAAAAAAAAAAGAAAUAAAUAAAACUCCGUUUUCAACCGCCCGUUGAAACAACUUUAGACUUAGCGAAAGCGUAAUCAAAAGUAUGUUAAUCGUGUACUUGAAACGGAUUAUCCGAGUUUUCCAUAAAACUAUUCACGUACUGAUUUACAUGUAUUCAUACGUAAAAAUCUAUUCAAGUAAGUUUAUUAAAGAGGACACACAAUGUGUAUCAUCUAUCGAA